AUGGGUUUCAAUAGGGUUCAGCUCACACAAUACUUUGACAAUUUGGAGUCCGCCUUGAAAAAGUACAAGUUCAACUUCAACCAAAUAUUUAAUAUGGACGAAACUGAUGUCCAGACAGUCCCAAACAAACUUCCUCUGCACGUUGCUCCUAAAGGAAAAAGGAGUGGUGCCAAAACUGUUGCCGCUGAGCAGGUGAAAACUGUUACUGCUGUGUGUGCUAUGAAUCCACUUGGCCACUAUAUCCCACUCUACUUCAUUUUUGAUAGAAAAAGCGAGAACCGCCAACUGCUUCGAGGCGGUCCAAUAGGGUGUGACAUGGCGGUAACAGAUAAGGGAUAUGUGGAUAUUCCAACGUUUACCAAAUGGUUGGAACAUUUUAUCCAGCAUACCAGCCCAAGUCUUGAAAACACUAUCUUACUAAUUUUAGAUAACCAUGCUUCCCAUAAAAGUCUAGAGGCUGUUACUUCAGCAAAAUCUAAACACAUCCAUCUUCUCACGAUACCUCCUCAUAGCAGCCACAAAACACAACCACUGGAUCGCAGUUUCUUUGGUCCACUCAAGUGUUAUUAUGAUGUUGCUGUUGAUCAAUGGAAUGUUGCUAAUCCAGUUCAGACCUUUGACGUGUACAGCGUUGCUGUAACAUUCAAAAUUGCUUUUGAAAAGGCUGCAACUACUACAAGUGCUGCUCAAAAUUUCAAAUCAACAGGCAUUUUCCCCUUCGUUCCCAAAAUCUUCGAAUAUUUUCUGCCGUCAGAAGUAACUAACCAAGAGCUUCCUGAAGACGAGGGCGACAAUAGAACAAUUGUAUUUGAUGACAUAAAUCUUCCCAACACUGAAAAUAAUUCAUCUGAGUCAGUAAUUUUGAAAGAUAUAUCUUCUGAUCUGGGAGCGUCUACUUCUACUAUCAUGCCAGCACAAGAGUGCAAAACAAAAAAAAUUGAUGAAAAUUUAUUUACAGUCAACCUCCACAAAAGAUGA